GAUCAAGAGAGGAAGGGACGGGACCAUUUCCCCCGAUACAAGUCACAAAAAGCCGUAAACUUAAAAUAAACACCCAAUAACUAGCGGCUGGUAUUCAGCGGCUGACAGCAUGUGUGACAAGGAAUCAACAUCUGAUUUAAAAUCUAAAGGGAAGCAAUUUCGUCAAAAUGAUUAUUCCGAUAAUCCACUCGUUUUACCUAAAUCUGUUGCAGAAAAGCAGCGACUUCAGAUUGAUAAACUCAUGAGACAUCCAGAGAAACCUGUAUAUAUUCCUGACAGACCCAAAGACAGAAAAUCAAGAGAACCACCAGAAUUUGUCCGCGACGUCAUGGGAUCCAGUGCUGGUGCUGGUAGUGGAGAAUUCCAUGUGUAUAGAGGUUACAGACGUCGAGAGUAUGGCCGACAGAUGUACAUACAAAACAAAGCUGAGCAGGAGGAGCAAGCAAAAGAUUUUCAGAAGAAACUAGAAGAAAAUAAAUCAAAAGCUGAGGAGAAGACAACCAAGAAGAGGAACAAAAGGAUGAAGAAAAAACAGAAGAUGUUUGAAAGAAAGAAGCAAAAACUUGAAGGAGCAGAAGGAAAUGAAUGUGAAAUGAACACUGAGGAGGUGAAGGAGCAAGAUCUGUCGGAGACUGGUGAUGAUGAUGCAGAGGAGAAUUGCUUCUUGAUUGGUGGAAGGUGAUGGAAUUCAACAUGAUCAUCACAAUCAAGCACCUUGCCUGAUGUUGAAUUAUGAACGGACAGAGCUGCCAAACACCAAUUUAUAUAAACUCUCGGAACAUGACAGUGGUGCUCUUUACAAAAACUGCAGUCAACUUGUUACACAUUUCACUUAAACUAACAUUGAGUUUCUGUUCAGCCCAUGCUGUGGCUUGUACCAUUUCUCUCAGACCAUAUUUAUCAUGGCACAAUCGUGUAGGCUAGUUUGGGUGACAAAUUCUGCAAUAAAUUGUGGAACAUAUAUCAAUUGUCUAGAGGGAAGUAAGCCACCAAUGUUGAAAAAAGUCUCAUUAAACUCUCGGACGCAGACAGUUCAUAUCUUCAAUCAUCAAAACCAAUGCUCAUACUCAUUGUGCCAACGUCUUGAGUACAUGUAUAUGUAUACAUGUCAGUUGGAACAGGGUUCUUGUAGCUGUAGGCUGCCGGUGAAGUAACUUGCAAAAUGAGACUGCCUCGACGAGCCCAUUUUAUAUUGCGGGUGGCAAUAUCUUCAAAUGUUGUAUAUACAAUAAAUGUUUACAUAACUGAACUGUAAA